CUUGAAGAACGCUCUAUUUGCUCCGUCGGUGUUUGGCGAUCGCCUCUUAGCCGGUCGUGUUACCUUUGGAUAGCUGCGAGUUUAUUGUGACACUUUCCCCAAAUCGGAACUCUUUAUCGAAGCGUGUUCAGCUGCACCAUAAACUACCAGUGUGUUUCGGGUGUUCAUGAAAAAGAUACGAAAUGGCCACGCGCUUUAUGGAUAUGCUAAAGCUGACCUUUAAGGUGCUCAGCUUUAAGUACGAACAGCGCAAGUUGGCAACAGCCGUCUAUUCUGUGAUAAAAACCAAAUUGGGACCGGUUCGCGGGGUGAAAAGAAACACAAUUUGGGGAGGAAGCUACUUCAGCUUCGAGAAGAUACCAUUUGCAAAGCCCCCGGUGGGGGAGCUCCGAUUCAAGGCCCCGGAACCAGUGGAGCCAUGGGAUCGGGAACUGGACUGCACUUCGGCGGCAGAGAAGCCAUUGCAGACCCACAUGUUUUUCCGCAAGUACGCGGGCUCAGAGGAUUGCCUGUACUUGAAUGUCUACGCCAAAGAUUUGCACCCAAGUAAACUGCGUCCGGUGAUGGUUUGGAUCUACGGCGGGGGAUUUCAAGUGGGAGAAGCCUCUCGUGACAUGUACAGUCCGGACUUCUUUAUGUCGAAGGAUGUGGUUAUAGUCACAGUGGCCUAUCGAUUGGGUGCCUUGGGUUUCCUUAGCCUGGAUGAUCCUCAACUGGAUGUGCCUGGGAAUGCAGGUCUCAAGGAUCAAAUCAUGGGACUUCGAUGGGUGCAACAGAAUAUAGAGGCUUUUGGUGGCGAUCCCAAAAAUGUCACUCUCUUUGGAGAAAGUGCAGGAGGAGCCUCCACCCACUUCCUCACACUGAGUCCCCAAACAGAGGGACUGAUCCACAAAGCCAUCGUGAUGUCGGGGAGCGUUUUGUGUCCCUGGACUCGACCGCCAAGAAACAAUUGGGCGUAUCGGCUGGCCCAAAAAUUGGGAUACACUGGUGACAAUAAGGAUAAGCCCAUUUUUGAGUUUCUGCGAUCAGUGAGUGGCGGUGAAAUCGUCAAGGCCUCCGCCACAGUUCUCAGCAAUGAUGAAAAGCAUCAUCGAGUUUUGUUCGCCUUCGGACCAGUUGUAGAGCCCUAUACCACCGAUCAUACGGUUAUAGAUAAACCACCCCAUGAACUAAUGCAGGAAAGUUGGAGCCACAGGGUGCCCAUGAUGUUCGGAGGCACCAGUUUCGAGGGGCUGCUUUUCUAUCCUGAGGUCUCAAGGCGACCAGCCACAUUGAACGAAGUGGGAAACUGUAAGAACCUUCUACCGAACGAUCUGGGUUCCAAUACAGAUCCCAAGCUGCGGGAAAACUACGGAUUGCAGCUGAAGAAGGCUUAUUUUGGAGACGAACCCUGCAACGAGGCCAACAUGAUGAAGUUUCUGGAACUUUGUUCAUAUCGGGAGUUCUGGCACCCAAUCUACAGGGCAGCAUUGACUCGAGUCCGCAAAUCAAGUGCUCCCACGUAUUUGUACCGCUUCGACCACGAUUCCAAAUUGUGCAAUGCCAUCAGGAUUGUGCUAUGUGGUCAUCAGAUGCGAGGUGUUUGCCACGGCGACGAUCUGUGCUACAUAUUCCACAGCAUGUUGUCACAUCAAUCAGCGCCAGAUUCCCCGGAACAUAAAGUAAUCACGGGAAUGAUCGAUGUUUGGACGAGUUUCGCUGCCAACAGCGAUCCGAAUUGCGAAAGCAUUAAGUCUAUUAAGUUCGCACCCAUCGAAAACGAAACCGAUUUUCAGUGCCUGAAUAUUGGGGAACAAUUUGAAGUUAAGGCGCUUCCGGAGUUGCAGAAAAUCGAAGCAGUUUGGAACAAUUUCUAUGCUCCAAAUCAACUUUAGAAGUAUUGCAUUAUUUAAAGGGAUUAUAGCUUUAGGUGUCUGGAUUCCAUGUGGAUGAUCUUAUUUUGUGUAAAAACGUUGUACAUAUGUAAUGGUUAUUCUAAGUCUGAGAUUUUUGUUGUUAUACUUGUAAAAUUCUGUUUUUAAGUUUGUCAUCACGUAAGUUUUAUAUUACAGGGUCUACAAAUAAAAGUUAGCAGAGGUCUAAUAAAAUCGA